AUGAUUAUCCACUCCUCCUCCACCUCCUCUUGUAAAUGCUCUACGAAGAGACUGGAGAGGAUUUAUAGCAGCCUUGAAUGUCAAGGAUCGUCAAAAGGUCUGCAUUUAGCUUCACCAGUGCAAGAACUGAUUGGUACAGCUAAAUCUUUUGGAGGUGAAGAAAGUGAUACCGAUACAGUUUCAGUAAGAAGAAAAUUUCAAGACAUUCACUUACAGAAUCUGUAUGUACGUGAUGGGAAAAUACAAGAGAAAGUAAAAGUGGAUGUGAUAGUUCAAGACAAUGUUAGAAAAAUUCCCGGAUGGGUGUGAGUUGAUCCUCACUUCACUUCACCAGUGCAAGAACUGAUUGGCAACCAAGCUGCUGUUUGCAGAAGGAAAGUAGAAUUGUCAAAUGAAUGUUCUUCAUCCAGACCUCCACAGUUAGGAUUUUCUGAUGUUCCCAUAUCAACAAAGACAGUCACCAUACCCAGGCAUCAGACUUCCCCAGAACUGAAUAAAACUUGGUGUGAUAGUAUCUUGGAAGAAUACCAGUCUGCAGAUGAGGGAUGCUCCUGGAGCAAUGUAACUCUUGCAGACUUGUAUCCAGGGAUGUUAGAGUUACUUACAAGGCUCAUGACAAAGCAGACUUGGAGAAAAGAGUCAAAAUACAUGUUUGGACAAUUAAGGCACAGAAGACACCCUUCUGGAAGACCAAAGCUCAAUGUCACCUUAGUCAAAAUAAGAGGGUUCAGACCUCCUAAACUGAAGCGAGCACAGCCUAGCAUAUGCAGCAGUAGACAUGAAGACAUCCAGAAUCAAACUUUUGGAAAUGAGAAUAGAGAACUUCGUGAUGACAAGAGGUCCAUUAAUAAGUUGUCUGGUGUGGUACCUUAUUCUUACAUUGAUACAAAUGAAAUCAAAAUGGACUGCUCUGACUCAAGUUUAGUACCUAGAAAAGGCCCAAAAUUCUCCAAACGGACUGUUUUUCCUGAUGUUAUAACUACAAUGGGAGAGACGUUUCUAGUUGAAGAUGAGUUACAGACUACUGUCUUACUUAAUCCAAAAUGCAAAGAAAGUGAAAAAUUUGCUUACCAGUGUCCUUCAGAAUACUGUUUUGUAACGUCUGCUGCCAGUUCAGGGUCAACAGGACUUCAUCCGGUAAAAGAGAGUAAAACUCAAAAAAAUUACUUUUCUUGUGGUGAUACCUCAGAGUUGUGUUCAUCUACUUGCAGUUCCUAUGGCAACAGUCAUGCUUUUACACCUGCUGCAAACUGUUCUCUUGCAAGAGCAUCAAAUACUUUACUCAUAAAUCCUGAAAAAAUAACCUCUGAAAGACAAAUUCCUUUCGAGCACAAGCACUUAUUUUCCUUGUUGUCUACAAAGCAGAGUCCUUCAAAGAUGCCCCAGAAAUACAAUGAUGCAUUUGAAAAGCUCUACUACAAGCUGUGUCCCCAAGAAAUCCAAAAGCCUUUGACAUUGACAAGAUCUCUUGCAAAUUCACAGAACCUUGAAGAUAAAGGAAGAUUAGUGAAGAGUAAUUUAAGUCAUUCUGUGAGGUCCCAUACACAGUGUGAUAGAGAAUUUGACAGGAUCUAUGAGCAAUUGUGUAGUGGGGGUGUUCCAAAACUUCCUGGGUUUCAGAGAGCUUCAAAUUUAAAGAAGUAUGGAGGAGUACAGAUGUCAGAAACUGUAAAUGCUCUGGUUAACUCGCCUGUUCAAACUUUAUCUGUAUCUCCCAGAGUUAAAAGACUGGGGAAUUUCCAAAACGAUCCUCUUUGUUCACCAGUAAAGCGACUGAGAGGUAUACUGGAACGUUAUCUAUCUUCAACAAAAUGUGAACAGAUUGCUCACAGAAGAAACGCUGAACUUCAGACCGACGGCAUGAGGUUUUUGAACCCAUACAUUGUCAGUAACUCCAGCAUUUUUGACAGUCACAACUGCCAGAGUCAGGGCUCUGGAUUGCAUGCUGCGUCAGAUAAAACUUUUCUUGGUGUUCCUGGUACUUCCUUGCAAGGUUAGUUUCAGAGACUUUAUGAAUUACUGCUUUAGCAAUCACAAGCACUUCUUCAAGGGUAGAUCUACAAAUCUCAAUAGACCGCUGUCUAGGUGACAGCUCUUCUUCCUCAGUAACAGUUGGGUAUGUUCAAGUGUUCCUUUAAGGAAUCUAUACAGAAAAGGGUUUUCUGAAUCACAUGUAAACAGCAAUUUAAGAAGCUUUUCUUUAGGUUAACUGGGACUUUUCCUACUAAAGUGUUGCUUAUACCCAUUGGUUUUCUCCCUUCCUUUUUUCUAUUUUAUUUAAAAUUUGCUGUUGCUUUUACUUUACAUAUCUACCUGUUCAGCAGGAAAUGCAUACUUUAUUAAUCCUACACUUGAGUAACCACAUGCUUUUGUUUGGAUUCUUCAUCUUUACAAAAACUUGCAAUUGAGUUGUUGCAUGCUACUGUCACUUGCUUAGGUGAAUUAGAUUGUUAGCCUGGAUAAAAAGGCUUUUGCUAAUUCAGGACAGUAGAAUUUUAGAAUUUU